CUACAAUGUAAUCUGAUAUUAAUAUUUUGUAUACAGGUUCUCUCUUGUUUUUGCAUGUGUUCAUACAUUUUUUGUCCAGGCUGUCUUACAAACAAAUAUGUCCGCACAAUUUGGCAUGUUUCAUUGCAUUAUCACCACAAAUAAAACAUUUGACUCAAAGCACAACCACACAAUAUGCUUACAAACACGUAAACAAAUUUGAAUUAAGGGUGAGGUCACUGGACAUCACUUUUAGCCACUACUGUAAAUGGAUAAAAUCUUAUGCUAAAAUACAGAUUAGUAGUAUACAGAGAAAACUUAGUAAACACUAGUAACACACGAGAUGACGCCUGUUUAUGUAUUUAGAUGGUUUGAUACUAAUUGUCAUUGUGAUGUUUCUAGGAAUUCUUAAGAGAGAGUCUGUAAAGCAGCCUGAAGUCCGGCUCAUCUCCAUCUUCUCUCCGGUCGUGUUGGACAUCCCUGCAGCUGACCUGCCUGCUAAACUCAUCAAUGGAGGCAUUGCUGGAUUGUUUGGUGUCACUUGCGUGUUUCCGAUUGAUCUGGCAAAAACACGCCUCCAAAACCAGCAAAACGGAUCUCGCAUCUACACUAGCAUGUCUGACUGUCUGAUAAAAACCAUCCGAUCAGAAGGGUUCUGUGGGAUGUACAGAGGAGCUGCGGUUAAUCUGACUCUGGUAACUCCAGAAAAGGCCAUUAAACUGGCUGCCAAUGAUUUCUUCAGACACCAGCUCUCCAAAGAUGGACAGAAGUUGACAUUGGUUGGAGAAAUGUUAGCUGGCUGCGGGGCGGGUACCUGCCAAGUGAUUGUAACCACUCCUAUGGAGAUGUUAAAGAUCCAGUUGCAGGAUGCCGGCAGAAUAGAGGCCCAGAGGAAUCUAAUUGGCCGGCAUGGCGGAGGAGGAGGGGCUAAAGCGAAUGUUGUUCAGCGGAAGUCUCCUACAGCUCUCCAACUCUCUAGAGAUCUGCUGAAGGACAAAGGCAUCACUGGUCUCUACACGGGACUGGGGGCCACUCUAUUACGGGAUGUGCCCUUUUCCAUCAUCUACUUCCCACUGUUUGCUAACCUGAAUAGCCUAGGCAGGAGGAACACUGACGGUUCAGCUCCAUUUUACAUCUCCUUCCUCUCUGGCUGUCUUGCAGGCUGCACUGCAGCUGUUGCGGUCAACCCUGUGGAUGUGCUAAAAACCAGGCUUCAGUCUUUGGCCCGUGGAUGUCACGAUGAGACUUACAGCGGAAUGAAAGACUGUAUUCGUAAGAUUCUCCGUCACGAGGGUCCCUCUGCGUUCCUGAAGGGGGCGUACUGUCGCGCACUGGUCAUCGCUCCGCUGUUUGGCAUCGUACAGGUGGUUUAUUUCCUAGGAGUCGGGGAAUUUGUUCUCGGUCUCCUGCAUGGACAAAAACACUGAAUAUUUACUGUGGAUGGAGCCGCUACUUGU